GAUUCUUAUGUCUCUCUCAUUAAUCAACUUGAAAAGGAUUGAAAGGACUGAUUCUUAAAAAUUCUCAUGGAUAAGAAAUCAUUGAAUCUGUCCCCAGAUGACAAUAUGCAUGUGGAGGGGUUUGCACUAAGUGUCUUUGCAAAGGCAGACAAGCAGGAUCGUGCAGGAAGAGCUGACUUGGGCACUGCCAAAACUUUUUAUGCUGCGGCAAUCUUCUUUGAAACUCUGAGCCAGUUUGGCCCUGUACCUCCUGAUAUAGAGCAGAAACAGAAGUACGCUGCUUGGAAGGCUGCUGACAUAAGGAAAGCCAUUAAAGAAGGAAGGAAGCCCACUCCAGGUGAUCCUGUUGAUGAUGAUAAUGAUUUACCCAUCCCAUCAAGCGGUCCUAGUGGCUCCUAUGAUCACGGUGCAAAUGUCCCGCCUCCACCACCGUCUUCUUACCCUUCCAACGAUCUCCUUCCCCCUCCCACGGGACCAUCAGACUCCCCUUACCAGCAUCCUUACAGUCAUCAACCAUACCACCAAGACCCGUCACAACACAUGCCGCCACCACAAAACUACUCAGCCCAUGAGCCUUCUCCAAAUUCUCUCCCCAAUUUCCAAUCUUAUCCUAGCUUCAGUGAGAGCAGCCUCCCAUCCACUCCUCCCCACUACCCUUCUCACUACCAAAACCCAGAACCUUACUAUUCUUCUCCGCAUUCCGCACCUGCUCCUUCUUCCGCAAGCUUCUCCUCUGCUCCUCCUCCUCCACCUUACUCAUCAAACGGGCGUAUCAAUAUUGCUCCUGUGCUAGAUCCUGCACCGAGUCCAGCUCAGAAGUACCAUUACGACAGCAGCUACCAGCCAGGGCCUGAGAAGGUUGCAGAGGCACACAAGGCUGCUAGAUUCGCUGUGGGAGCUUUGGCUUUUGAUGAAGUCUCGACUGCUGUAGAACAUCUCAAGAAGUCACUUGAGUUGCUAACAAAUCCAUCGGCCGGUGCCGGUCACUGAAUUUUAUAUUUAAUCUGUGAAACUUGGGGUUGAUGUUAGUGCGUGUGUGUGCUCACAAUCACAUCGUGGGUUUGUUUAUUAACUUUUCAGGCUCAGACUUCGUGUACAAAGAAAAAUGGUGUGAAUUA